AUGUCAACCUCGCGCCGCGUGCAAAAUAAACACAGACCAAUCCUCGGGAAAAGCCUGAGCGCCCCCGUGCCGCGUACGGCUCGCAGUAAACGACCAAUAUCUACACAAACGCAAAAUUCUGACGACCCAUCCGACUUCACGUCUCUCUCCGACUCUGCCCAAUCUCUACGGCGUGUAACUUCGCCGUUCGACGCAUCAGAAGGAUGUGUCUUUAUUCUGCUCUCCUUGGACGGCAAUGUUGUACCUUUGGAUGAAGGGGGCGAAAAAAUCUGGUGGCCUGCUCAGCGUGUCCCUUCAAGCUCUGGGCAGUACAAAAUCUAUGGCCAAUUCGGUGUCGCCUCGCCAGAAGCCGUCAUCAUGCUGGUAGGCAACACUCAAGUAGUCACCGCGACCAAACCCAACGGAGAAAUCCGUUUCCCUCACCCGCAAUACGUAAAUGCAGGCGGUGCCAGGAAGCGCCAAAAACUCGACAAGACUGUUCUGGAGGAAGCGUGGAUGAAGGCUGUUGCGUAUUUGAUACGGGACAUGGACGACAGCCUCCCCUCCCCCGAGUUCAUCACCAGUGUUCGGCACAUUCCGAAAUUGCCCGAUCCUACUGGGCAGCCAGCCAAACAGAAGCAAACCAAAGGCAUUUCCAUUUCGGACGACGAGCUGUCAGAGCUCUCUGAAACAGAAGACGAGCCAUGGAUUCCUCCUCCCCCAGACUGGACGCUCACCAUACCAGGGGAGCUCAUUCUUGGUAAAGAAAGGAAGCUGGACCGACAGUUCUGGUAUGCCAAGGUGCUCGAAUAUGUUCCUCCACCGGCGCCGGACAAGAAGCCAUUGUACAAAGUGCUUUGGAUUGACAGUCAAGAAGGCCUAAUCGAGCGCGACUGGUUCUUUGCCUGUGAGGAGGAUGGGUUUGGGACUUGCACUGUGGGGAAAUUUGAGAGUCAGAUUGUCGAAGACGUUGCUGAUGAAGAGGAUUCCAAUGACGAAGACCUACUGGAGCAACUUCUGCGCGAUAUUAGUCCCGAGCCAGACCCGGGGCCGUUGCCAGAUGGACUGACGUUUUCGGACUUGGACAUUCGUGAUCAGUUUGUGCAUACCAAGCCGGUGCUGCGCGCGAUACUCCAAGAUAAAUACCCACCGGCAAAGACCGCACAUGACAUGUUUAUUGCUGGGGGCAAGAAGCGCGAGGCAGUCGUGAAGCAGGCCGGCGAGCAUGGGAUGAUGAACCCCAAAGACGUCACGUUGCUGCGACGUUUCUUGGAGGAGUGGGUCUUGAGAGGCUUAGUAAGACGGAGGGGAGACGACGAAAAUGAGGAGCAAAGUGAAGCUUUGCGAACUCCUGCUCUUACCCGGUCACCGUCACCGCCUGCAACUGUGGCUGGCGAUGUCGAUCAACCGUUGUCUCCUGCAUCAAUUCCGCCCAGCUCAUCGAUGGUCUCUGUGGAUGUGUAUCUGCCCUCCAUCGUCCCCCCUUCGAGUCUCGACGAAGACGAUAACCACAUUACCAGCGCUGCCCGAGGAAACAGCUUCGCCUCAGAAUCCAGUGGUACCGUCGCAUUUCCUCCCUUGUCUUUCCAACUCAAGACUGAACAGAUCGAUAUUGAGCCGCCUUCUUCACCGCCCAAGCCCACCAUUUCCUCCACCUGUUUCAGAGACGGUUCCAUAGACAUGGAGCUCGAACUGUCCCAUGUCCGCACCAAACUCGAGGGCGGCGACGACAUAUCCUCGCCGCCUCUGUCGACACAGCUCUCUGCGACUGCCAGCUCAAAGUCACCCAGGCAAAUUGGCUGCGCGGCAUACGAGGCAUUGUCGCCGUUUGAGAAAUACGAUUAUUGUCUGAAUGUUUUGCUGCCCGAGCUGCUUAUCCAGAUAUACGCAUGGCGCGCGGGAAAGCGGCCGGCGCUAGAGUUGCUGGACGAGGCGACGGAGUCGGAGGUACAUGAGUUUGGCGCGGGGGAAAAAGGCGAAGCGGGACUGGGUGUUUGA